AUGAACCUGUCUCGGUCGAUGCCUGGUCUUCCCGCCCUCCGCGAGAUGAAGCCGCACCCACGGCCUGGCGCAAGGAUGGCGGCGGCCGCCCCUGGUUCGGAAUUCGGACUGUCGCCCGAGCUUGGAAGCCUUGCCAUGCUUGGGUUUGGUGCCAUCGAUACCGCUUGCUCUGCAGUUUUACGACGUCCAAUCGGCGCCGUCGAAGCAGGUUUCGCACCAACUCAGACUCCGCGACCUCGCAUCCGCCUUGUCGGGACUCGGUCACUGGCCUUGGCUCCCCCCAGAGCACCGACGGUUGGUGAAAACGAUGACGAAUCACGUGUAGGGAAAGAUGGCACGAACAGGAUCGUGCCCGAUUCGAAUGCUUCCGUUCCGUCUGACAUGGUCGUCGUCUUCCCAGGCCUAACAAGUCACCGCACGAAUUGCAUUACCGUUGCCGCUUCUGAACCCGAGUUGGACCGCCCCCUCAAAAGGCGUCUUCGCACUCGCAAGGGCAAGGAGUAG